AUGUCUACAAUCUAUCAGAGAUGGGCUCUUGCGGCUAUGUCGAUCCUGCCCCAAGCCUAUGGCUCCGUGUUGUCUCCAACACCACCAAUGGGCUUCAACAAUUGGGCAGCACUUAUGUGUGGUUUGAAUGAAUCCAUUUUCGUUGAUACUGCACGAACAAUGGCCAGUAGUGGAUUGCUAGCUGCCGGUUAUAAUCGCCUCAAUUUAGAUGAUUGCUGGAGUACUAUGGAAAGAGCUCAUAAUGGUUCUAUGCUCUGGGAUAGUGAGAAGUUUCCGAGAGGCCUUCCUUGGUUGACUAGCUUUUUGAAGAGCCUUGGUUUCAUCCCCGGAAUAUACACAGACGCUGGCAUUAAGAGUUGCGGUGGAUAUCCUGGAGCAUUUGGGUAUGAAGAAAUUGAUGCGAAAGACUUUUCUAACUGGGGAUUCGAGUAUCUCAAGAUGGACGGCUGUAAUAUGCCUACGGGAACUGAGGCAGAAUACAAAAAAGUCUAUGGCAAAUGGCACAGUAUUCUGAGCAAAAUGCCAAAACCGAUGGUUUUCUCGGAAUCUGCGCCUGCUUACUUUGCAGAAGCCGCCAAUCUCACAGAUUGGUAUGCAGUAAUGGAAUGGGUACCUGAGUAUGGUCAACUUGCGAGACACUCCCGGGACACUCUGGUGUUCAAUUCAACGCUUUAUUGGCCAGACAUUACCGGAUGGGAUAGCAUUUUAUUCAACUAUGGACAAGAAGUUCGUCUAGCGAGAUUUCAGAAGCCGGGCUACUACAAUGAUCCCGACUUUCUCAAUGUUGACCAUUUCGAUUUGUCAUUGGAAGAGAAAAAGUCUCACUUUGCUAUUUGGUCAUCAUUCUCUGCGCCUCUUAUAAUCAGUGCGAACGUCACUCGCUUGACCAAGGAAGAAAUCGCUUACCUCACCAACAAAGAUAUCAUUGCAGUGGACCAAGAUCCCUUGGUACAACAGGCUACACUGGUCAGCCAGGACACUAAUUGGGAUGUACUAACUAAAAGCCUUGCCAAUGGUGAUCGCCUCGUCACAAUCAUCAACAAGGGAAACUCAACUGCGACUCACAGCGUUCCAUUAGAGAGAAUUGGUCUAGUGGAGAAGAAUUUGGUCAAGGUCAAGGAUCUGUGGACUAGCAAAACUUCUAUUGCAAUCAAGAAAGUGGCGGCCACAAACAUACCGUCCCACGGAACCGCCAUAUUACGCAUCUCAGCAGCAGAACACUCUCUGGGUAAAGUAAUUCCAACCGGCAAGAUUUUCAACACUUUCUCACUCGGCACAUUGACCGCGACGUCGAGAAGCAAGCUUAGCUGGGCGAGCUCAUCCGGUACAGAUGGUCAGGUUUGGCAAACUCGGGAUGACCAAACAAUUAGGCCUCUUUCUGAUACCAACCAAUGCCUCACGGAAUCAGGUAAUGGAGAAAUCACUUUGAGGGAGUGCAACAAGAGAAGAGGUGGACAACAGUGGGACUACUUGUACUCUGGCAAUGUGCAAAGCAUUGCUACUCAGAAAUGUUUGACAGAGUCUACUGGGGGGACCGUUACUGCUGAGAAGUGUUUGUAUUUGGACAAUACCCAAGUGAUUGCUCUGCCAGGUGGUGUUGAUAUUGUCAAGAAAUAG